UGUGUGUGUGUGUGUGUGUGUGUGUGUGCACAUCCAAAAUUUGUUGUGUUCUGUUCUGUUGACUGAUGAAAGGAAAUAAUUAAUAAUUGUAUUCCUCCAGGUAUUCUGUUCCGGCCAAUACACAUAGCACACUGUAGUGUACAUCUGUCCAGAUAGAUGAAUAUUGUACCUAUGACAGUCCAUAAAACUUAAGAGAUCAGAGGGUCUUAGGUGCACCCCAUUUGUCUCACUUUGUCAUUGUUUCAACAGCAGAACAGAACACAGUGUUCCUGAACACUCAUAUUGUAAGCUGGACUGCAGACAAAGACCACGCAUACACACACACAUUAUUAUCUUACAUCGAAGAAACAAAUUCAAAGUUGACUGAAGGCCUGACUGAAGAAGAGGAUCUUGCCAUGUCCAGUGAGGUUAACAGGGAGGCUGUAUUCCAGGCGACAAAGGUUCGAACGCAUUUGAAAAAAGAUGGAAGCUGGAUCAACAGAUCUCAAAAUGUUGAGGACACACAGUCAGAUGUAAAAGCAAGUAAACAAAUAAAGUUAGGAAAACCCAAUAAUGUGUCAUCACUUGAAAGCAGUUUGGUCUCUUCCUCCAUCAUGCCACGUGCAGAGAGUACCACUCCCUCCUCCAGCCUUGACUCAUCCACACCCCCACAAAGCUCUAAUGUCAUGUCAGCAUUAAGGAAAUUUGAUGCACAUCCUGUCCUUGAGGACUCCAGGAGAGCACAUGUAGGGAAAGCAGUGGAGACAUCCAUAGUCAAAGCCACAGAGCAACCACUGAAGACACCAGCAGAUACUUCUGUAAAGGAAAUAGUGAAAAAACCAGUCACCAUACCUGUAGAGGAACCAUUGAAGACACAUGUAGAUGUUUCUGUAAAAGACAUAAUGGAGAAACCUAUAACUAAACCUAUAGAGGAACAACUGAAGACACAUACAGACACUCCUAAAAUGGACGUAGUGAAGAAACCUGUUGAAGAACCAUUGAAGACAUCUACAGAUGUUUCUGUAAAGAACAUAGUGGAGAAACCUGCAGAGAAAUCACUGAAGACACGCACAGAGAUUGUAGAGGGAACAAGGAAGACACCUGUAGAUGGAGCUUCAAUAGAUCAAACACAAUCUAGUGAAGUGCUGCAGGAGAAAGCAGCCAAAACCCUACAUGAGAACCCAACAAAGCCUUCAGGAACACUGACUACAAAGAAUAAAGAAGAUGAUACAGUUGAACAAGUCUCAAUAGCACAUGCAACUGUAGUAGAGGCUCUACUCGAACCCAGACAGGCCGAAAACCAGCCUACAAGUGGAAAUGGGGAACUUUCACUAGUAUCUGCUCUGGAAACUCCAGCUAAAGAAUCAUCAACUAGAUCAACAACAGAACCGACCAAAGAACCCCAUGUGACAGCCCUGGAAGAGAACCACAGACUGAACAGUCAAGCUAAAUUGAACGUCAAAAGUAAAACCAUGUGUUCCUUCUGCAAGCUGCCCAUAGAUGGAAAUGUGAAAAUCUCCAUCAACAUUCCUGCCAUUUGUUGCCAUCCGGAUUGUUUCAAGUGUAAUGGUUGUGGCCAUCCUCUGGGUGAUCUCUCUUCAUAUAUGUACCACUAUGCUGGGAAAAUCCUCUGCGAGAAGUGCUUUGAGCAAAUCUUCCAGCUCUGAUGAGUCAUCCUACUGCAACCUACUCCACUACAACUUAUCACCAUGACACCCAAGCACAUCUCAGUGUCUACCAGCAAGUUUGCUGUAAUUUAGCACUAAUUUUUAAAAAACAACAACAAAAAAUCAGUUUUUAUCAGUAGAGGAACUUUAAAACGUCGUAGGUUUAUUGUACAUAAAUUUAACACCAUUUUUCAUUAAAUGGUCAUGCUGUGUGUGCAUGUCUUGCUAUUUACUGAUAAAAUUCCCCAUGGGGUUUAAUGAAGGAUUUCUCUCUU